AGCGUGGUUGAAGUCCCCAGCUAUAAUGUGCACUGCGUUUGGAUGGGAGUUCUGCUGAUUGCUUAUUGUCUUGUGCAGCUCCUCCAUGGCCGAGUUAGCAUUUGCAUCAGGUGGUACAUACACGGCCGUUACCAUAACAAGAGUAAACUCGUGAGGUAUGUAGACGGGUCUGCACUUCACAGUCAAAUAUUCCAAAUCCGGGGAACAAUGGCUGUCUACAGUCUUUGUGUUUUUGCACCAGCUGUCAUUGGUGUAGAUGCAUAAACCCCCUCCUUUGUUCUUACCGGAGCGGCCGUUCCUGUCGUGACGGUGGACCGUGCAGCCUGCUAGCUCAAUAGCCGAGUCUGGAAUUGAUGGCUGCAGCCAAGUCUCUGGUAUCAGGUGGGGAGCUGUUUGAUCGCAUUUUAGACAAAGGGGUUUAUACCGAGAAGGAUGCCAGCAAAGUGAUCAAACAGGUGCUGCAGGCUGUCAGCUACCUGCAUGAAAACAGCAUUGUGCAUAGGGAUCUUAAGCCUGAAAACCUACUGUACUAUAAUACAGAUGAGAAUGCAAAGAUUAUGGUCAGUGACUUCGGUCUGUCUAAGACGCUGGAGCAUGGUGUGAUGUCUACAGCCUGUGGAACACCAGGAUAUGUUGCUCCGGAGGUUUUGGCCCAGAAACCCUACAGCAAAGCAGUGGAUUGCUGGUCAAUUGGAGUUAUCACUUAUAUUCUGCUCUGUGGCUACCCGCCAUUCUUUGAAGAAAAUGAGACGCGUUUGUUUUCAAAGAUCAUGAGAGCUGAGUACGCCUUUCACUCGCCUUUCUGGGAUGACAUCUCUGAAUCAGCCAAAGAGUUCAUCAAGAACAUGAUGGAGAAAAACCCCAGUAAGCGCUUCACCACUGAACAGGCACUCAGGCACCCCUGGAUUGUUGGAGACACAGCUAGAGACCAGGACAUUUAUCAGUCUGUGUGUGAACAGCUGGAGAGAAACUUUGCCAAAUCCAAAUGGAAGCAAGCCUUCAAUGCAGCCUCUGUAAUCCAGCACAUGAAGAAAAUGCAGCUGUCCCACAGCGUGCCCUCCACACCCGCCCUCUCCAUACCGAACAUCAAACUAGAGUCCUCGUCCCAGAACGACUUGGAGCCUGUAAGAGGCUGCCGAGAUCAGGCAGACCCCCUUGACCCCAAUGGAAACCCUCUCCAGUCUGCCAGUCUUCUGUCCUGGAGUGACUGUGACCUGGACACAGGACUGUGCCCUUCACUGAGAGCCAGUCAAAGUGAACCCGGAAGUCCUCUCAGCACUGAUGAGUCCAGACAAGUUCAUACCUUCCAUUCAGAGAAUGACGCUCUCUUUAUUCAGUCACAGAGCCUCGAUGCAGUGGCUCCGAGGAAGGACCAGCCGCUUCAGUCUGGAGUGUGCUCCAUCAUGUGAUUUGAUGACGAGAUGCAGGCCUCUUCUUGCUUCUGUAACAGCUCUGACCCAUCAGGGCACGAACAAGGAACCUUUGGCAGUGUCCUGUGGUGUCUGGCACAUCACCCGGGUAUUCCCUGAGCUGUUCCUGAGCAGUGUCUACAGUAUCCAGAGACCACAGCUGUCUACCAGUGCUUUAGAGGGAUGUGCUUGAUCAGCAAAAAUAUUUAGUGUGGGAGGUACCACACAAGCAAGUCUGGCUACCCGCCCACAAAGUCUGGGUGCAACCUUUGGGUAACUGUUUGGGCAGUGUCAGGUGACGCGAGGCCGAGAGACUGUCAAGCCCACAGUUGAGAACAAAGGUCUUAAUAUCCAGCCUUACGUGAUUAUCAAUGAUCAGAGUGCUAAAACAGAGUGUUUCCCCAUUUUAAUAAUAAAGCAUUUUCAUUAUUCAUCAAAUAUACGUGUAUAUAAGUCAAUAUAUCAAUAAAAUAAAAAGAAGUGAGUAGUAAAAA